AUGGAGGAGGUAGGAGCUCAGGUGGCUACUCCGAUGUUCAUUCACCAAUCGCUUUCUCCGAUGGGGAGAAAACGCGAUCUCUACUACCACUUGUCGAAUCGUCUGGUUCCGUCUCAGCCGCAGCCGGAGCGGAGAGACGAGUGGAGCUCUAAGAUGUGGGAUUGGGAUAGCCGGAGAUUCGAAGCUAAACCGGUCGACGCGGAGGUUCUCCGGCUUGGGAACGAGAAGCAGUUUGAUUUGAAUUCGAAUUCGCGGAAUCAGAGUGGAGCCAAGGAAGGAGAAGAGAGGGGACUCGAUUUGAAUCUGGGAAGUUGUGUGGACGCCGUGGAAGACACGACGCAGCAGGCAGCUAGGCCGAGCAAGAAGGUCCGGUCUGGAUCUCCGGGAGGCGGCGGAGGGAACUUUCCGAUGUGCCAGGUGGACAAUUGCACAGAGAACUUGUCUCAUGCUAAGGACUACCAUAGAAGGCAUAAAGUGUGUCAAGUUCAUAGCAAAGCUACUAAAGCUCUCGUUGGGAAACAGAUGCAGAGGUUUUGCCAACAGUGCAGCAGGUUUCAUCUUCUCUCUGAGUUUGAUGAGGGAAAGAGAAGUUGUAGGCGUAGAUUGGCUGGCCACAACAAACGGAGGAGGAAAACGACGCAGCCGGAGGAGAUUGCGUCUGGGGUUGUGGUUCCGGGGAACGGCGGAGAUAAUGCCUCUAACGCUAAUAUGGAUCUUAUGGCUUUGUUAACCGCAUUAGCUUGUGCACAAGGUAAGAAAGAGGUAAAGCCAAUGGGGUCUCAAGCUGUGCCUGACAGAGAGCAGCUUCUUCAGAUACUUAACAAGAUAAAUGCUUUGCCUUUACCUAUGGAUCUCGUCUCUAAGUUGAACAAUAUUGGUAGUUUAGCCAGGAAAAACUUGGAUCAACCAACUGUGAACCCUCAAAAUGAUACGAAUGGGGCUUCUCCUUCUACCAUGGAUUUGCUUGCUGUUCUUUCGUCGACGUUAGGCUCAUCUUCCCCUGAUGCUCUAGCCAUACUGUCUCAAGGUGGGUUUGGUAACAAAGACAGCGACAAGACUAAGUUAUCUUCUUGUGACAACGGUGGUGGUAGUGGUGGUGCUACAACCAAUUUGGAAAAGAGAACUUUUGGGUUUUCUUCCGUUGGAGGAGAGAGGAGCAGUAGCAGUAACCAGUCUCCUUCUCAGGAUUCGGAUUCACGUGGUCAAGACACGAGGUCUAGCUUGUCUCUACAACUAUUCACCUCAUCACCUGAGGAUGAGAGUCGACCAACAGUGGCAUCCUCGAGAAAGUAUUAUUCUUCAGCCAGCAGUAACCCUGUUGAGGAUAGGUCGCCAUCUUCAUCUCCAGUCAUGCAGGAGUUAUUCCCAUUGCAGACCUCCCCUGAAACCAUGAGGUCUGAGAACCACAAAAACACAAGGACUGGUGGUUGCUUGCCACUUGAUCUCUUUGGUGCAUCAAGUAGAGGAGCUGCAAAUCCUAAUUUCAAAGGCUCUGGACAACAGUCUGGUUAUGCUUCUUCUGGCUCUGACUACUCUCCUCCUAGCUUAAACUCUGAUGCUCAGGACCGCACUGGAAAGAUAGUCUUCAAACUACUUGAUAAAGAUCCAAGUCAGCUCCCUGGGACAUUAAGAACUGAUAUCUAUAACUGGCUUUCGAGCAUUCCAUCAGAAAUGGAGAGUUAUAUAAGGCCUGGCUGUGUUGUUCUGUCUGUCUAUUUGGCGAUGUCACCUGCAGCCUGGGAACAACUUGAGCAAAACUUGCUGCAACGGGUUGGUAUUAUGUUACAAGAUCCUCAUUCAGAUUUCUGGAGAAACACGAGGUUUCUAGUCAACACGGGCAGACAGCUCGCAUCCCACAAAAAUGGUAAAAUACGUAGUACCAAAUCUUGGAGAACAUGGAAUUCACCAGAGCUCAUCUCAGUGUCACCUGUAGCUGUGGUGGCUGGUGAAGAAACAAGUUUGGUACUAAGAGGUAGAAGCUUGACUAAUGAUGGGAUCAGUUUUCGUUGCACACAUAUGGGUAGCUACAUGCCAAUGGAGGUAACCGGAGCAGCGUGUAGACAAACCAUAUUCGAAGAGUUGAAUGUAAAUAGUUUUAAAGUCAAAAAUGCACACCCUUGUUUUCUUGGACGCUGUUUCAUUGAGGUGGAGAAUGGAUUCAGGGGUGACAGUUUUCCAUUAAUAAUCGCCAGUGCAGCCAUCUGCAAGGAGUUAAACGGCCUUGAAGAGGAGUUUCACCCUAAAAGUAAAGAUAUUACAGAAGAACAAGCGCACCGUCCAACAUCAAGAGAAGAGGUUCUAUGCUUCUUGAACGAGCUUGGUUGGCUUUUCCAGAAGAACCAAACCUCCAACCCUGAAGAACAAUCCGAGUUUUCCCUUGCCCGCUUCAAGUUCCUGCUCGUCUGCUCGGUUGAAAGAGACUACUGCGCUCUCAUCAGAACACUCCUCAACAUGUUGGUAGAGAGAAACUUGGUGAAUGGUGAGCUAAACAGAGAAGCCUCCGAUAUGCUCGCCGAGACUCGGCUGUUGAAUCGUGCUGUCAAGAGGAAAAACACAAAAAUGGUCGAACUACUCAUUCAUUACUCUAUUACGACGCUCGGUGCCUCUAAAAAGUUCGUUUUCCUACCCAAUAUAACUGGACCUGGCGGUAUCACACCUUUGCAUUUAGCUGCUUGUACCUCUGGUUCAGUUGAUAUGGUUGAUCUACUAACCAAUGAUCCACAAGAGAUCGGAUUAUGGAGCUGGAACUUUCUUUGCGACGCAACAGGGCAAACUCCAUACAGCUACGCUGCAAUGAGGAACAACCAUAACUAUAACUCAUUGGUGGCUCGUAAACUUGCAGACAAAAGAAACAGGCAAGUCUCUCUAAACAUGGAGAGCGAGAUGGGUGUGAGCAAGAGACAGAGUUUAGAAGUGAACAAGUCGUCUUGUGACACGUGUGCAACCGUGGCUCUGAAGUAUCAGAGGAAAGUCUCGGGCUCGCGUCGUUUGUUCCCAACUCCUAUCAUUCACUCGAUGCUUGCGGUUGCGACGGUCUGCGUUUGCGUCUGCGUUUUCAUGCACGCUUUCCCUAUCGUCCGACAAGGAUCUCAUUUCAGUUGGGGAGGUUUGGAUUAUGGCUCCAUGUAG